GGACAUAGCAAAAUUUACCACGCAUCCCCCUUAUAAAUAAUCCCUAUCUCUUCCAACUCUCUCUCUCUCUCCCCCCCACAGCCCCUAAACCUUCCUCCUCGUUUCCGGGUAGGCUCUCUCCCCUGCUAAAUUAUUUGUUUAUUCCCUGAUCUAAAUCUCCGAUCCCAAGCAAUCCCACUGCAAAAAUGGAGCAGCGUAGAUUCGUAAUCGAAGCAUCCGAAGCCGAAUCAAUGGCGAAACAAUCAGGCCUUACUGUCCUCCAGCUCCUCCCUACCUUAGUUAAAGAGGCCCGGUCCUUGGCCCGCUCGCCCAUAUCCAACUACUACGUCGGUGCGGUGGGCCUUGGAUCCUCCGGCCGCAUCUUCUUUGGAGCCAACCUCGAGUUCCCGGGCCUGCCUCUACACCAAUCCGUUCACGCCGAACAAUUCCUCAUCACCAAUCUCAGUCUCAAUGCUGAACCCGGCCUCAACUACUUGGCCGUCUCCGCCGCUCCCUGUGGCCACUGCCGUCAGUUUUUCCAGGAAAUUCGCAACGCCCCCGAUAUCCAGAUCCUCAUCACAGACGAUAGUAACAGUAAUAAUUGCGGUGGUGUGGCUGAGAAUGGAGAUGCUAAUAAAUAUGAGUCUUUGUCCCACUUUCUACCGCACAGAUUCGGGCCAGAUGACCUUUUGGAUAAGAAUGUUGCUUUAGCUUUAGAACCACAUCAUAAUCACUUGUCCUUUCUAAGCGAUUCUAAUAGUAACAUCCCAAAUGGGAUUAAUAGUCGUGUUUGCGAUGAUUUGAAAUAUGAGGCUUUAGAGGCCGCCAACAAAUCACAUGCCCCGUAUAGUAAUUGCCCAUCCGGGGUGGCGUUGAUGGAUUGUGAAGGGAAGGUCUAUAGAGGGUCGUACAUGGAGUCUGCUGCUUAUAAUCCAAGCCUGGGGCCUGUACAGGCUGCUCUUGUGGCAUAUUUGGUGGGCGGAAGCGGUGAUGGGUAUGAGAAGAUCGUGGCUGCUGUAUUAGUGGAGAAAGAAGGGGCUGUGGUGAGACAGGAGUACACGGCAAGGUUGCUUUUGCAGAUGAUUUCACCCAAGUGCGAGUUCAAGGUGUUCCAUUGCGGUUUGAAGUCUUGUUGAAUCAUCUUGUCUCUAUCGGUAAUUUGUGUUAAUAAUUUCCUCACUGUCUCUCCUUGUAAUUGUUCUGAGGGCUAAUUCUUGGCCAUGAAAAAUUGAAAUGAAUCAAUCGAUCUCUCAUUAGAUUUCA